AUGAUUGCCUCUUUCCGUUCUUGUCUCUAUCUCGUUGUACUUCUAGUUAUUGUCUUACUGACUUCUCCCUCGGAGUCCUACGAGUGCUUUGAUCCAAAAAGUUCAUUUGAAAUUUCUAAUUUAAGAAAAUGCAGUCCUGAAUCUGAUGCCUAUUCCAAAUUAUUCUACGGAUCGCAAUUCAGGAAUUGGAAUUAUACCAACACUAAUGCAACCGAUAACAAUGCAUUCGAAUUGUCUUUUACUUGCGACCCAACAAUGGAUGCCCAAACCUGCCAAAAAGCACACGACUCUUUUGUCACUGCGGGAGCGUUAUUGAGCAAAAUAUUUAAUUUUACACAAAAGAUUACGGUUGCUGCAGAAUUUGCGGAUUUAUGCAAGACUUUAGGAGGGUGCGGCUCGAGCACUAUUAUAAUCGGAGCAGCAGGCCCGUCACGCUUUUUCUCAAUGACGG